CGUACAAAAGUAGUUCCGGUAGAAUUUCUUUCAUGUUACGAUCUACCCGUUAACCCACCGGCUGCAAUUCCAAAUACAGGACGUUUGAAGCAAAAUGCAAAAUUAUUGCAAUCACAUAUAAAUAGAAUUUCACAUCGCUUUUUUGUUCGUGAGAUCCCGCCAUCGAUGCGUGUCACGACACUUGACGAGUCAACGAUGCAUGCGCAUUUAGAGAGCGAAGAUUUAAGUCAACCAGACCUACAAGUAAAUUUGGUUUCACGUGAAGAUGGCCGAAUGCGCAUAGUGGAAACAACAAAAAGUUUGGCUAAAGAGGUGAUAGAAGGAAGAUUUAAGAGUGAUGAUUUGGAUAUCGGGGAAUUGGAUCGACGACUCAGCGUGCCAAAAUUUCCAGAGCCCCAAUUGCUCAUCCUGUUUUCUCCCAAUGUUGACAUUGACGGAUUUCCGCCUUGGCACAUCUAUCUUACCGAAAUAUUUGCUUCGUUAUCCUGGAUUAUACGUUUUGACCUAUCAAGUCAACUAUUAAAAGAAAUGACCGAUACUCUUUCUCUCCGCGAUACACUCGAAGGCCAUUCGGGUUGGGUGACGGCUAUUG